AUGCCUCGCAGUCAGAAGAGUCGGCUCUGCAAGCUUCAGAAAAUCCUUGAGGCCCAAAAGGAGGCACAGGGCCUGGCGGAGGCACAGGUCUCCACGGCUGAGGGGCAGAAGAUCUCAUCCUCCUCCUGCUCUCCCAUUUCUCUGAUCCCAGGCAUCCCAGAGGAGGUGCCUGCUGCUGGGGCACCAGAUGCUCCCCAGGGUCCCCAGGGAGCUGGCUCCUCCAGUGCCAUUGUCCCACUGAGCAAAUCAUGCGAGGGCUCCAGCAGCCAAGGAGAGGGUGCAAGCACCUCACAGGCUCCACGGGGCACUGAGUCCUCCCUCAGUGAUGCAGUAGAUAAUAAGGUGGCUGAUUUGGUGCAUUUCCUGAGCAGCAAGUAUAUAACAAAGGAGCCCAUCACGAAGGCAGAGAUCCUGACGAAUGUCAUCAAAGAGUACAAGAAUUACUUCCCUGUAAUCUUCAGGAAAGCCUGUGAGUGCAUGCAGAUAGUCUUUGGCAUUGAUGUGAAGGAAGCAGACCCCACCGGUCACUCCUACAUGCUCAUCAACAUGCUAGACCUCACCUAUGAUGGGAUGCUGAGUGACGAGAGGGGCAUGCCCAAGACCAGCCUCCUGAUUCUUAUCCUGGGCAUGAUCUUCAUGGAGGGCAACUGCGCCCGUGAGGAGAAGAUCUGGGAGUUGCUGCAUACAAUCGGGGUGUACACUGGGAGGAAGGAUUUCAUCUAUGGGGAGCCCAGGAAGCUCAUCACCAAAAAUCUGGUGCAGGAAAGGUACCUGGAGUACCGGAUGGUGCCCGGCAGUGAUCCUCCUCGCUAUGAGUUCCUAUGGGGUCCCAGGGCCCAUGCUGAAACCAACAAGAUGAAAGUGCUGGAGUUCUUCACCAAAGUUAGUGGGACCAUCCCCACCGCCUUUCCAACCUUGUAUGCGGAGGCUUUGAAAGAUGAGAGAGAGAAAGCCCAGGCCAGAAUUUCUGCCAUGGAUGAGUCUCCUGCCAUGGCCAGUGAAAGUUCCAGUGGCCCGCCCAGCACCUUCUGA